AUGAAAUGCACCUGCAACACAGGGCAGAGGAACUAUGGGGAAAUGGGGCGUGUGGGCGUGUCCAGCAAACUCACAUCAACCUUUUUAUUAACAAUUAUAUCAACAGCUGCAUCAACCGCAAUAGCGCUAACACAACAACAUCAACGCAACCUCAUCAGCAACAGCAAUAGAAACAUCAGAAACAAGAGGAAGGAGACGUAUGUUGAAGUUGUGCGGAGAGAUGAAUCAUGCGAAGAGGUGAUACAAUCCCUAAUAUGUUUUAUUCAAUGGAACAACUCAAACAGAUUAUCCAUGACCUCCAAAGCAAGAACACCCAGGCUAGAAUCUUCAAAAUGA